CCGUUAUCUGUCAGACUCUUACAAUUUUUUUUCUCUCUCUCUCUCUCCAGAGACUGAGACUACAAUGGCAUUGUGUGCCCCUACACACAACCUUUCUCUCAUCCCAUCCAAAAGCCAUGCAAGAACUAGAAGAGCAAGAAGUAGACUCUCUGGGGUGGUUCAGAUAGUGGCGGUGUAUGAUGUGGCUGGCAGGAAAGGUGGACAAGAGGCGGCGCCGUACGAAGAAGGACAACUCGACCGCCCCAAGUGGGUUGGUGCCACUCCUCUCUCUCGUCUCGUGGGAGCUCUUAUUUCCUUCAAGCCUCUCUACUCUCUGCUCAAGCUCGGUGCCAGACAAGUCCUUAUCAGUACAGCUGAGAAGAAGAAUAUUCCAUGGGGGGAAAUGACGAGGGAGAUUCUGGAAUCAGAUGUAUACAUGGAAUUGGAGAGCAUUCAAAACCUAUCACUUGUAUACCCCGAGUAUUAUUUGAAUCCUUUCCAUGCAUAUGAUGAGGGCAACCUUUCAUGGCUGGCUGCUGCAGAAGCAGAGGCUGCAACCAUGUCAAUGACAAGACGAGCAAUACCUUAUGCUUCAUCAUUAGAUGAAGCUAAUAAAAUAGUACGUGGAAAUUGGCUUCAAGCGAUUGAGCAACAUCAUCUGCAGUAUUCUGGAAAUUCCAUGAUCAGGGACAUUCUAGAUAUUGGAUGCUCUGUAGGUGUCAGCACAGGAUAUCUGGCUGACAAGUUUCCAUCGGCUAAAGUCACUGGUCUAGAUUUGUCACCUUACUUUCUUGCUGUAGCUCAAUUUAAGGAAAAGAAAAGAUCCCCAAGAGAGAAUCCAAUUAGCUGGAUUCAUGCAAAUGGGGAAGACACAUACUUGCCUUCCAACUCAUUUGACAUUCUUUCCAUUGCUUAUGUGCUUCAUGAAUGUCCUGAAAGAGCAAUAGUGAAUUUAGUGAAGGAAGCAUUCCGUCUCCUUCGACCUGGAGGCACAGUUUCUGUGACAGAUAAUUCGCCAAAGUCAAAGAUCCUUCAGGAAUUGUCUCCGGUUCUGUUCACAUUGAUGAAGAGCACUGAACCAUUUUUAGAUGAAUACUACCUGACUGAUCUUGAAGGAACAAUGAGAGAAGCUGGCUUUGUGAAUAUAAGAACGAUUUUGACAGACCCAAGACACAGGACAUUGACUGCCACGGUGCCUCAUUAACUCGUCAUACAAUGACCCAACUGAGAAAACCAUUGGUUACAAGUGCCACAAUUUAGAACCACAAAUAUACAAAGUUUGUCAUCAUGGAAAUAUAUGUUAAAUAACCACUUCUUUUAUUAUUAUUUUUUUAAAUCAUUAAAAUCGUCAUUUAUUCUCAAA